AUGCACUUUUCCCUCAUCUCGUCCAUCUUGAUGGCGACCAUUCAGAUGACUUGCAUCACAUCACUGCCACUAGGCGUCACAACGAUUGUCAAGAAGGAGGACAACAGCACAGCGCUAGAAACCUUCUUGCCGCCAGCAGAUAACGUCUUGAGCUUUUGCAAAGGUGCGCAAAGUUACUACGAUGCCGGCCAGUCUGACUGCUUUGAGCGGGCUGUUUGUACAAAAGGCAAGCUUGGAUGUGGCGACCAAUGCUAUGACCCUGCAUGGUACAAGUGUCUGAACAAUGUGGUGUAUGGAAGCCGCGGGGACCCGUUACUCAAGAAUGCGACGGAUGUACAGGUUCAAUUUGCCAAGAUGAUGGAGAGUUUUGAGCUGCGACGGUGA